CUAUACGAGCAACAAAACCCUUCUUCUUCUUCUUGUUCGUUAUCGGACAGCUCUCAGAAGCCUCAGUCUCUCUCCUCCAACCCUUUAGUGGUGAACAGAACCACACACACAGGUUCAAUGGAGAAAGAGAGGACUCUUCUGGUGAGCUCAAAAUCGGAACUAAAACGGAGAGAAAAGCAGAAGAAGAAAUCAAAAUCCGGAGGCUUUGAAUCGUUAGGUCUAAGCUCCAAUGUCUACCGAGGAAUCAAACGAAAGGGGUACCAAGUCCCGACGCCGAUACAGCGGAAGACGAUGCCUAUCAUACUGUCCGGUUCCGACGUCGUUGCCAUGGCCCGGACCGGCUCCGGCAAGACGGCAGCGUUUUUGGUCCCCAUGCUUGAGAAAUUGAAGGAACACGUGCCUCAGGGUGGCGUUAGAGCUCUCAUUUUAUCUCCCACCAGAGACCUGGCGUUGCAGACCUUGAAGUUCACCAAAGAACUCGGUCGAUUUACAGAUCUUCGUAUUAGUUUACUGGUUGGUGGUGAUAGUAUGGAAAGCCAAUUUGAAGAAUUGGCACAGAAUCCUGAUAUCAUAAUUGCAACUCCUGGCAGGCUCAUGCACCACCUUUCUGAGGUUGAUGAUAUGUCAUUGCGUACUGUGGAGUAUGUGGUUUUUGACGAAGCUGAUUGUCUCUUUAGCAUGGGCUUUGCCGAGCAGCUGCAUCAAAUUCUAAGCCAGCUGAGCGAGAAUCGUCAGACCUUGCUUUUCAGUGCAACCCUACCAAGUGCCCUUGCAGAAUUUGCUAAGGCUGGUCUGCGUGAUCCUCAGCUUGUGCGAUUAGAUUUGGAAACUAAGAUUAGCCCCGAUUUGAAGCUUAUUUUUUUCACUUUAAGGCAGGAAGAAAAGUAUGCUGUAUUGUUGUAUUUAAUAAGAGAACAAAUAAGCUCUGAUGAGCAGUCAUUGAUUUUUGUUUCCACAAAAUAUCAUGUGGAGUUCCUUAACAUUCUUUUUAGGGAAGAGGGUGUGGAGCCUUCUCUUUGUUAUGGUGAUAUGGAUCAAGAUGCCCGCAAGAUUCAUGUAGCAAGGUUUAGAUCAAGAAAAACGAUGCUGCUGAUUGUGACAGAUGUUGCAGCUCGGGGAAUUGACAUCCCGUUGCUUGAUAACGUUAUCAACUUCGACUUCCCCUCCAAACCUAAGCUUUUUGUUCAUCGCGUAGGGCGAGCUGCAAGGGCUGGUCGGACUGGUACUGCAUAUUCUCUUAUCACAUCUGAAGAUAUGCCUUGCCUUUUAGAUCUUCAUCUCUUUCUGUCAAAAUCAAUAAGAGCUGCUCCCACAGAGGAAGAAGUUUUACAAGAUAAGGAUGGAGUUCUGUCCAAAAUCGAUCAAGCCAUUGCCAAUGGAGAAACAGUUUAUGGUCGUCUACCCCAAACAGUUAUAGAUCUCCUUUCAGACAGAGUCCAAGAAAUCAUUGAUUUUUCUACGGAACUAGAUUCUUUGCUGAAACCCUGUACUAAAGCAUUUCUCUUGUAUUCAAAGACAAAAGCAAAACCAUCUAGGGAAUCCAUUAGGAGAGUGAAAGAAUUACCCCGCGAAGGGUUGCAUCCAAUUUUCAGAAAUUUGCUGGGUGGCAAUGAGUUAACAGCACUUGCUUUUUCUGAACGCUUGAAAGCAUUCAGACCCAAGCAGACCAUUUUGGAAGCUGAAGGUGAAGCCGCUAAAUCAAAGCAUCUGCAUGGACAUUCUAGUCAGUGGGUUGAUGUGAUGAAGAAGAAAAGAGCUAUUCAUGAGGAGGUCAUCGCUAAAGUACAUCAACAACGCUCCACUGAUCAUGUGGCUGAGGAAGUUGAAUCUGAAUAUAUUUCUUCCAAGUGCAAGGAGAAGGAAGUUUCUGGUUCUAAAAGGAAGGCAAAGAGCUUCAGGGAUGAGGAGUAUUUUAUAAGUUCAGUGCCAACAAAUCAACAUUUUGAGGCUGGACUUUCAGUGAGAGCUAAUCAGGGCUUUGAAUCAAACAGGUUGGAAGCUGCUGUUCUGGAUCUAGUUGCAGAUGAUAGCGGAGGAUUGCAGAAACAUAAAUCUUCGUAUCAUUGGGAUAAGAGGAGUAAGAAAUACAUCAAGUUGAACAAUGGCGAGCGUGUGACAGCUAGUGGAAAGAUAAAGACAGAGAAUGGUGCAAAAGUAAAAGCUAACAAAACUGGGAUGUAUAAGAGGUGGAAAGAGCGAUCACAUAAUAAAAUCUCUCUUAAAGGGACAAAUAACCUGGGCAACACUGAAGAAUCUACGAGUUUGGCAGGAGGUCAUGGAUUGCACAGGGAUAAUAGAAGGUUCAGAGGUGGAAAGAAGAAUCACUCGGUACCUAAUGCUCAUGUGCGUUCUGAGAUUAAAAAUCCUGAACAAGUUCGGAAGGAAAGGCAGAAGAAGGCAAGUAGAAUUUCUCAUAUGAAGGGCACACCUAAGAAGGGGAAAAAGUUCGGUAAAAAUGGUAAAAGAGGAAAGUCAAGGUAAGGGUGGAGGGACGAAUGGUCUAAUUUCGUUACCUUGAUUUCAUUUUGGAGUUUUUGGGAAGAAAGCCAAACUAAAUGAGUAAGGGCGACUGGUUCGUUUUCCUUUGUUCUUGGAUGUUAAGCCUUAACUUUUUUUUCUUUCACAAAAGAAAGAGCAUGCUUCUUUAACAUAAACCAAAUCAAUAGCAGAAGUGGCAAUAUGUUUUCAGUUGUAUAUGUAUUACUAGAAAUCUUUGAUGAUGCUAAACAAAAACAUAUUUGUAAAGCCAUUUAUUGAUUGAUUGCCUUCCCAUUUGAUUACUUAUCCAUAUUCAAAAGAAAGGGAUAGGUAAUGCUGUUGGAAAUGUG